AUCUGGGAGUGUAGCACAGAACUGGGUUGAGAUCUAUGAUUUUGUAAAACAACUCACGGAAAGAUUUGUGAGCCCCCGGAUGAGAUUAUCCUUCAUAGUGUUUUCCACCAAAGGACAAACCAUUAUGCCAUUAACUGGAGACAGAAAUGAAAUCGCAAAAGGCCUCCAAAAUUUACGUGAAGUAAAGCCAGCUGGUGAUACAUAUAUGCACGAAGGAUUAAAGCUAGCAAAUGAACAAAUUGAGGGUGCAGGAGGCUCAAAGUUUUCCAGUAUAAUAAUUGCUUUGACAGAUGGUAAAUUGGACGGUCAGAUCCCGUUGUAUGCAGAAAAAGAGGCAAAUAAGGCCAGAAAUUUAGGGGCUAGAGUUUACUGUGUUGGGGUCCUUGAUUUUAAACAAGAACAGCUUGAAAGAAUUGCUGAUACAAAAGAACAAGUCUUCCCGGUCACUGGAGGAUUCCAAGCCCUUAAAGGAAUCAUCAAUUCUAUACUGAAGCAAUCAUGUACAGAGCUUUUAUAUUUGGAACCAUCAAGUGUCUGCGUGGGAGAGGAGUUUCAUGUUGUCCUCAGGGGAAGUGGCUUCACGUUGGGCAGAAAGCAGGACAGUGUUACUUGCACCUACCACAUAAAUGGCACCACCCUUAAUGAAAAACCAGUAAGGGUGGAAUCCAAUUUUAUGCUCUGUCCAGCACCCGUCCUACAUAAAAGUGGCCAGACUUUAGAAGUGUUGGUGAGUUUGAAUGAAGGAGAAUCAUUGAUCUCCAGCUCAUUGACAAUUACUGCUUCAGAAUGUUCUAAUGGCAUAGCUGCCCUUAUUGCCAUUCUUGUGCUGCUGCUUUUGGUGGCUAUUGGUCUUUUAUGGUGGUUCUGGCCUCUAUGUUGCAAAGUGGUCAUCAAGGAUCCUCCUCCCCCACCGCCAGCUCCAAAAGAGGAAGAAGAAGAAGAAGAUCCCUUGCCUAAUAAAAAAUGGCCGACAGUGGAUGCUUCCUACUACGGAGGACGAGGAGUAGGAGGCAUUAAAAGAAUGGAGGUGCGUUGGGGAGAUAAGGGAUCUACAGAAGAAGGAGCUAGGUUAGAAAAAGCCAAAAAUGCUGUGGUGAAACUCCCAGAAGAACCAGAUGAUCCCAUUCAACCCAGAUCUGCUAAACCCAAGCCUACCUCACAAGCUGCUCAGGAAAAGUGGUAUACUCCAAUUAAGGGUCGGCUUGACGCACUGUGGGCUCUCCUGCGACGGCAAUAUGACAGGGUAUCUUUGAUGCGACCACAGCAAGGAGAUGAGGGCCGAUGUGUUAACUUUACCCGUGUUCAGACUCAGUAAAGGAGGCUAAGAGGAUAUGAGGAUGAAAAACUUCCACACUGCCACUCUAACCCACCACAGACAACCGACCAUGUUCCGGAAUUUCUUGGAUCGGCUUGAGCCUGUUGGCUCAAAAGUUUUCCAUUCCAUUCUUCCACAUGCCAGCAUUACUACACCAGACUCUUGUGUUCUCCUACAAUACUACAAUACUCCAUGAUUUGCAACAGUGACAAAAAGAGAAGCAUUGACCUGCAUGCUUAGGCUUUGAUAGAAAAUCCAGUACGCAUGUGCAGAGGGCAGAUAAAACAACGACCAAAGAUAAUUUUGCUUUGUUUUGUUUUUAAAAGGACUGCAGAUUCUCAGGAUACAGUGGGCUUUUCGUAGAGACGCAAAGUCUCCGAUGCAAAGAUGGCACUUGUUAUUUGCCAUAGGCAGAGGGUAAAAAUUCCCACUAGGCUAAGCAAAUGCAAAAGUUCAUUGCCUUACAGCUAUGUCAGAUCACAAAAUCCUUCUGAGUCCCUCAUCGCAUUGUGCCUUACGGGAACCUUCUGACUGGAAAUCUUGUCAUUCUAGCACUGAAAAGUGCACACGCAUGACAAAAUGUAGACAGGGUGCCUCAAGGUAUUGGUAGCAAGCAAGACUUUGCCCUUUCGUUUUUGAAGACACCUUUCUUUCAUUAUGCACCCAGGACAGGACGAAAAUUAAUAGAGCGUUAUUCUACAGGAAGACAGCCUGUAACCAGAGAUCUUGAGCAGAGUUUGAGGGACUGAUGCGUCAAGACCUUGACACUGUGGCGGGUGGUUUUUCCCCCUUUUCAGCGUUCAGAGUUCAGUAGCGCAUAAAA